GUGAUAAUAUGGGACGACAAGGAGAGCCGGUGCGUUGGCGAGCUGGCCUUUCGCAGCGAAGUGAGGGGCGUGCGGCUGAGGAGGGACCGCAUCGUUGUUGUGCUGGAGCACAAAAUCUUCGUGUUCAGCUUCCCUGACUUGACGCCGCUGCACCAGGUGGAGACGCUGUCGAACCCCAAGGGGCUGUGCGCGGUGUCCCAGUCGCCCGAAAACUUCGUCAUGGCGUGCCCAGCCAGGCACCCGCAGAGGAUCCGCGUGGAGCUGUUUCAUCAGCGCCGCGGGUACGUCGGCCAGCCAUGUUUCUCGCAGCCCGCCUGGCUCUUUCUUUGGACGGCCAGCGACUGGCCACGGCAAGCAGCAAGGGCACGAUCAUUCGGGUCUACAACACGGCGGAUGGGACGAGACUGCACGAG